GACCCCCGAAGCCCCCCGCGGCCCCAGCAGCAUGUCGAGCGCGGCGGAGCCUCCGCCGCAGCCGCCGCCGCCGCCCGCGCCCGCCGAGAGCGCGCCGCCCGGCAGCAACAAAGGCGGCCCCGAGGGCGGCGCGGCCGCGGCGGACCCGGAGCUGGAGGAUGCAUUUGAUGAUGCAUCUCCCGGAAAACAAAAAGAGAUCCAAGAACCAGAUCCUACCUAUGAAGAAAAAAUGCAAACUGACCGCGCAAAUAGAUUUGAGUAUUUAUUAAAGCAGACAGAACUGUUUGCACAUUUUAUCCAGCCUGCUGCUCAGAAGACUCCAACCUCCCCUCUGAAGAUGAAACCUGGACGUCCGCGAGUCAAAAAGGACGAGAAGCAGAACUUGUUAUCAGUGGGCGACUACCGACACCGUCGAACAGAGCAAGAGGAGGAUGAAGAGCUACUGACGGAGAGCUCCAAAGCCACCAACGUCUGCACUCGGUUCGAAGAUUCCCCGUCAUAUGUAAAAUGGGGCAAAUUGAGAGAUUACCAGGUCCGAGGAUUAAACUGGCUCAUUUCUUUGUAUGAGAAUGGCAUCAAUGGCAUCCUUGCAGAUGAAAUGGGUCUGGGAAAGACUCUCCAAACAAUCUCUCUUCUCGGGUACAUGAAACACUAUCGAAACAUUCCCGGUCCUCACAUGGUCUUGGUUCCCAAGUCUACCUUACACAACUGGAUGAGUGAGUUCAAGAGAUGGGUGCCUACGCUGAGAUCGGUCUGUUUGAUAGGCGACAAAGAGCAGCGAGCUGCUUUUGUCAGAGAUGUUUUAUUACCAGGAGAAUGGGAUGUGUGUGUGACAUCAUAUGAAAUGCUUAUUAAAGAGAAGUCUGUGUUCAAAAAAUUUAAUUGGAGGUACCUGGUUAUAGAUGAAGCUCACAGGAUCAAAAACGAAAAAUCUAAGUUGUCAGAAAUAGUGAGGGAAUUCAAGACUACAAACCGAUUGUUACUCACUGGAACUCCUCUUCAAAACAACUUGCACGAGCUGUGGUCACUUCUUAAUUUUUUGUUGCCAGAUGUCUUUAAUUCAGCUGAUGACUUUGAUUCCUGGUUUGAUACAAAUAAUUGCCUUGGGGAUCAAAAGCUGGUUGAGAGACUUCACAUGGUUUUGCGUCCAUUCCUCCUCCGUCGAAUCAAGGCUGAUGUUGAGAAGAGUCUGCCUCCCAAGAAGGAGGUGAAGAUCUACGUGGGCCUCAGUAAGAUGCAGAGGGAAUGGUACACUCGGAUUCUGAUGAAGGACAUAGACAUCCUGAACUCCGCGGGGAAGAUGGACAAGAUGCGGCUGCUCAACAUCCUCAUGCAGCUGCGGAAAUGCUGCAACCACCCGUAUCUCUUCGACGGAGCCGAGCCGGGCCCGCCGUACACGACAGACAUGCACCUUGUCACCAACAGCGGCAAGAUGGUGGUGUUGGACAAGCUGCUCCCUAAACUGAAAGAGCAAGGUUCCCGGGUACUGAUCUUCAGUCAGAUGACGCGGGUGUUGGACAUUCUGGAAGACUACUGCAUGUGGAGGAACUACGAGUACUGCCGGCUGGACGGGCAGACCCCGCACGACGAGCGGCAGGACUCCAUCAACGCCUACAACGAGCCAAACAGCUCCAAGUUCGUCUUCAUGCUGAGCACACGUGCCGGCGGCCUCGGCAUCAACCUGGCUACUGCAGAUGUGGUCAUCUUAUACGAUUCAGACUGGAACCCCCAAGUUGAUCUCCAGGCGAUGGACCGGGCACAUAGGAUCGGGCAGACCAAGACCGUGCGAGUGUUCCGCUUCAUCACCGAUAACACCGUGGAGGAGAGGAUCGUGGAGCGCGCCGAGAUGAAGCUCCGGCUGGAUUCCAUCGUCAUCCAGCAGGGGAGACUUGUGGAUCAGAAUCUGAACAAAAUUGGGAAAGAUGAAAUGCUUCAAAUGAUUAGACAUGGGGCAACACACGUGUUUGCCUCAAAGGAAAGUGAGAUUACUGAUGAAGAUAUUGAUGGUAUUUUGGAGAGAGGUGCAAAGAAGACAGCAGAAAUGAAUGAGAAGCUCUCCAAGAUGGGCGAGAGCUCUCUGAGGAACUUCACCAUGGAUACGGAGUCCAGUGUUUAUAACUUUGAAGGUGAAGAUUACAGAGAAAAACAAAAGAUCGCAUUCACAGAGUGGAUCGAACCGCCUAAACGCGAGAGAAAAGCCAACUACGCUGUGGACGCGUAUUUCCGGGAAGCUCUCCGCGUCAGCGAACCCAAAGCACCCAAGGCUCCUCGACCUCCCAAACAACCCAAUGUUCAGGAUUUCCAAUUCUUUCCUCCACGCUUAUUUGAAUUACUGGAAAAAGAAAUUCUGUAUUACAGAAAAACUAUUGGGUAUAAGGUUCCUCGUAAUCCUGACCUCCCAAAUGCAGCACAGGCACAAAAGGAAGAGCAGCUUAAAAUCGAUGAGGCGGAGCCGCUGAACGACGAGGAGUUGGAGGAGAAGGAGAAGCUUCUAACGCAGGGAUUUACCAAUUGGAAUAAGAGAGAUUUUAACCAGUUUAUCAAAGCAAAUGAGAAGUGGGGUCGUGAUGAUAUUGAAAAUAUAGCAAGAGAAGUAGAGGGGAAAACUCCAGAAGAAGUAAUAGAGUAUUCAGCCGUGUUCUGGGAACGAUGCAACGAACUUCAGGACAUAGAGAAGAUUAUGGCUCAGAUUGAAAGGGGAGAGGCAAGAAUUCAAAGAAGAAUCAGUAUCAAAAAAGCACUUGACACUAAGAUUGGCCGGUACAAAGCCCCCUUUCAUCAGCUGAGAAUAUCCUACGGCACUAACAAAGGGAAGAACUACACGGAGGAAGAGGACCGCUUCCUGAUCUGCAUGCUGCACAAGCUGGGCUUCGACAAAGAGAACGUGUACGACGAGCUGCGGCAGUGUAUCCGCAAUUCUCCCCAGUUCCGGUUUGACUGGUUCCUCAAGUCCAGGACUGCCAUGGAGCUUCAGCGGAGGUGUAACACUUUAAUUACCUUGAUUGAAAGAGAAAACAUGGAACUAGAAGAAAAAGAGAAGGCUGAGAAAAAGAAGAGAGGACCAAAGCCUUCUACACAGAAACGUAAAAUGGAUGGAGCACCAGAUGGUCGAGGAAGGAAAAAGAAGAUGAAACUGUGAACGCACAUCAGUGUCGUGAUCACUAACUUUAAACCAGUAGUUCUUUAAUUUACGGGUCUUCAUAAGAUGUACUGUACAAUGCUCUAUGGUUGUCAUUCAGAGACAUCAGGUUCAUCUGUUUACCGAGCUAGAAACAUAGUAUGUAGUUUCACUUUUUUUAAUGCAACAGCUAUGCUGAAGAUUUUUUUAUCAUUAACAUUUGAAGUAAUAAAAUAGGCUUCAUUUAUUAAUAAAUGUUUCAUUUGAUUUAUUUUUCUAUUAUAGUUUCAUUUGUGAAGAUAGUGACUUUAUCAGCUAUAAUUUCCACACACAGCUUUAGAAUAAAAGCAAACGACUAAAAAAAAAUUUCGCAGAUAACAUUCAUCCUUUUCGUCUUAGUUGUGUAACUGUUUGGAUUCACUUUGCCUUUGCAGAAAUUUGGGUAUCUUCUUUGUAGUGCUGUUGAGUCUCAUCUGGGAAGAUUAUGUAAAUUGCGUUCUCCUUAUUACAUGGCUUGAGUGGAGGGGAGAGGCAAGACAAUUUAUCGUUCCAUUCAUCCAUACUUCUGUUAACGCUGUUUCUUAACGUCCUGAGCUGACCAUGCCCUGUUCUGUUGCAAGAAUGGCCUUUUAGUUGUAUAGCCAAAGACAUUUAGUAUUUUCCGGUUUCUUACAGCGUUGUACCAUUUUGUAAAAGGAGUGUUGUUAUUUUUUAGUGUUUGGUAAAUAUUUUGGCAAAUUAGCCUUCUGAAGCAGCCACAGCUUAGAUAAUGUUUCAAACUACGGUGAUUCUUGUUUUGUUUUGUUCUGUUUUUAAAAAGACACAGGCAAAAUAUGGUGUGAAUUUUUACUGUCUGAAAUUCAUAACAAAGUGUUUCUCCUUUCACUGUAGCUUUGUUUUUGAGUUAGAGUAAUUGAAUAUUUUAUUUUAUUUUAAGGUAAUUUCUAAGUGUGAGCAACAAGACUGUAAUUCCGAAUUUUGUUUCCUAUGGACGGACGGACUUGAUCAAACUAGAGACCCUGACGCAGGAAUACCCAAAUUGUAGUGCCAGAAUUUUAGCUGUACCAGAGGCCUUUAUGUGCGACACAUAAUUUGUAUAAAGUUUUAUAUGUGCAAAUUGGGUACAUAAAUAGUUCUCCAUUUUUCUAAGGGAAUGCAAUAAAUGUAGCAUCGUGAAUAAAUAUAACUUUUAUAAUCCUUAA